UUGACUGGGAGGGAACCUCAGACAGGUUAGAAUAAAUUGAGCAAUCAGGACUCAGUAGAAUUCAGAACGCCUAGGCAUCAACGAACCCAUCAGAGACCAUAAGUUACCCUGUUGAAGGCAAAGAUGACCAGCAAACCAGCAAACCCAGGCUCAGAAGAAUCCGAGCUCCGCAUUUUGCUGCUGGGAAAGAAAAAAAGUGGGAAAAGUUCUGCUGGUAACACCAUCCUGGGAGAGAAGUGUUUCGGGACAGAAUCUACUAUUGCUUCUGGGACAAAAGUCUGUGAGCUGAAGACAAAAAGUCUCACAGUUGAUGGUAAAAAGCUGCAGGUGAAGGUUCUGGAUACUCCUGGUUUCAAGAACGGUGACAACUGUUUGGAAAAAAAGCUUCUGGAGGGCAUCAAGAUGCUUUCUCCUGAGGACAAGGGUAGCGCUACCGGUCCUCACGCAAUCAUCCUGGUGUUUGAGUCAAAAAUAGCAACAAUAGAAGAUCAUAAAGUGCUAAAAGCUUUAGAGGAGGGCUUUAAAAAUGCUCGUUCUCACAUCAUAGUUGUCGUCACUAAGAAUGAUGGAGAUGUAAAGAAGCCGAAGCUUUCUGGAUUGAAAAGGAUCCACUUAUUGAGUAAGGAACCUGUCCCUGGAGAGGGUGAAGCGCUGCUGAAAGAUGUCGCUGAGAUGGUGAAGGAAGGACACUAUCACAAUGAUUUGCUCACGAAAGCUUUAAAGACCACCUUUGAAGAGCUGUCAAAACCUGAUGCCAAAAAAAAGCCGUCUCUGGGAGAAAAGGUGGUAGAUUUGUUACUCAACAAAACCAUAGUUUUUCUAACAAAUAAACUGGGGUAAUAAAAUCAAACCUCGCUGAGUUGCUUUUAUGUUGUAACUCAGAAGGUUCAGGUUGCUGGUUCAGUUUCUUUCCUUUCUAACGUGUGGUGGUGGGAAUGAUGAACAGGGUGAACUGGGAGCCGUUUAAAAUGAUCUGAAUGUUGAAGCUUUGACUUUCAUCCAACAUGUUAGUGAGAUGUUUGGGUGUCUGAGAUCCAGUUCCUGUUUCAGAACAUUUGUUUUCUAAGCUGGAGAUUCUUUAUCUGACUUUUUCUUUUUUAACUAGAAUUAUUUCUUUGCAAUCAGAAUGUUUGUAUAUUUUAAUCAGGUGUUAAAUGGUGGUGGUCUUACGGUGAAAAAUGUCUCACUGUUUAUUCUCUUUGCCUUUAUUCUACAUAUUAACAUGAAGAAAGCUCAGUCUGCCAUGUG